GAUGUUCUUUGGUUUUUAAUGCAGCGCUGACGAUGACAAACACCAUCGGGCUCGUUCACAAGUCAGAGGUCCAAGACGAUUUCUACUGGCAGCCGUUUCUCUUCCGAAGAUGCGCCAAGAUCACCAGCUUACAGGAGAGCCAACCUCACGUGCACACACACACAAGCUAACAAAAGGACAACAAUGAGUUGGUUAUUUUCAAUUGCUAACAAGCAUUGUUCAAUACUCAAACCACAUUUUCAAAACUCUUCACAUAUUCAGCGACACACAAGUGUAUACAGACGUAACUGAAUCCUUUUUCAUUGCUUUCAGACAAAAUGCAUCAUUCACCUCGUGUUUCAAAAUCUGUCAUUCAUACUCCACAAACGGCAAGACACCAUAUUUGCAGGAUAUUUUUCAUAUGCUAACACACUGCUUUCAAAACCACAUUCAAAUCAGAAUGAUGACACAUUUCUGCAGGAAUUAUUUUGAAAUAUAGAAAAUCGUAGGAGAAUAUCAAAGAAUUAUCAGUCCAAGCUAACAUCAGGUUAAAAGUCUGAAUGUGAGAAAAAGAUCUGAAGGUAAAAAUAUUUGUUUUGAAUUUGAAAAUAUAAGAUUUGAAUCUGAAAAUAUAAAAUCUGCACCCGAAAAAUAUAAUGCAGUGAAUAACAAAAUAUAUUUUAAAGUGAGAAAAAGAUUGAAAACAAAUAUUUUAUUCAACCCGAAAAAAUGUCCACUUGUUUAUUUUGAAUACAUUAAUGUUCAACAACGAAACUUAAACUUUCAGCUUCACAUUUGUUUUUCAAAUGAACACAACUUUUGACCUGGAUUUGGCUCCAUACACAACUCCUUUUAAAAAAAAGGAGACCGGACCCGAGUAAGUUACCUGCACCCAAACCUGUAAUUAUUAACUCCCUGCGUGACUUUGUCCUCGCAAUUAUGGAGGCUGCGCCACUGCUGCAGGUGGGGGACAAACACUAUGGACGGCCAGGCCGAGAUGCUGAACCUGAAGCGGGAGGUCGGGCUGGUGGGGGCUGUGUCCCUCAUCGGGGGCACAAUGAUCGGAUCCGGGAUCUUCAUGUCCCCUCAGACGGUGCUGUCCUCCAUCGGCAGCCCGGGGGCCAGUCUGCUGGUGUGGGCGUGCUGCGGCGUGCUGGUCAUACUGGCGUCCUUCUGCUACGCCGAGCUGGGCACCGUCAUCCAAGAAUCCGGGGGGGAGUACAUCUACAUCCUCAGGACCGCGGGCCCGGUGGUGGCCUUCAUGCUGAUCUUCAGCUCCGUGCUGUUUGUGAGACCCGCCGGUAUCGCCGGCGUCUCUCUGAGUUUCGCGCAGUACGUCGUGGCUCCUUUCUACCCGGACUGCGCCGCCCCGCUGCUGCUGGUGAAGUGCGUGGCCGCGGGCUCCAUUGUCGUCCUCGCCACGGUGAACUGCCUCAAUGUCCGCUUUUCUAUGUCAAUCCAGGUGUUUUUCAUGGUGGUCAAGGUGCUGGCACUGGCGGCCAUUAUAAUCGGAGGUUUAGUCAUGCUUGUGAGAGGGCACACUGAAAACUUUGAAGACUCAUUUGAAAACACAAAUCUGGCCAUCAAUUCGAUUGGCAUCGCUUUCUACCAGGGCCUGUGGUCCUAUGACGGCUGGAACAAUCUGAAUUACGUCACUGAAGAGUUAAAACGUCCAGAGGUGAAUCUUCCUCGGGCUGUCGUGAUCGCCAUUUCUCUGGUGACUGGCUUGUAUCUGCUGGUGAACGUUAGCUACCUCACUGUUAUGACGCCGACCGAGCUCAUGUCCUCCAACGCAGUAGCAGUAACCUGGGGGAACAAGGUGUUGGGAAGCUGGGGCUGGAUCAUGUCUGUGGCCGCAGCGUUGUCUGCUUUCGGUUCACUGAAUGGGACGUUCUUCAGUGGAGGCCGCGUGUGCUUUGUGGCCGCCAGGGAAGGACACAUGCCCGAUAUUCUGGCCAUGGCUCACAUCCACCGAUUGACUCCGUCUCCGGCCCUGAUCUUCACCACCAUCGUCUCCCUUCUGGUGCUGAUCCCUGGAGACUUCCAGAGCAUUGUCAAUUACUUCAGUUUCACUGCCUGGUUUUUCUAUGGCACCACCCUGUCUGGACUACUUUAUCUCAAGAUUAAGAAGCCGGAGCUCCACAGGCCGUACAGGGUUCCUAUCAUAGUCCCCAUACUGGUCCUGAUUGCGGCAGUAUUCCUUGUACUGGCACCCAUCAUAGACAACCCUCAGAUUGAAUACCUCUAUGUGACUUUAUUUAUCGUCAGUGGAGCCAUCGUCUACAUACCCUUCAUCCAUUACAAGCUCUGUCCAGGGCUGUUGACCAAGCUAACAGUGUUCCUGCAGUUGUUCUUGGAGGUCGCGCCGGCUGAGAAGAACCUGUGAUUUGAGCAGAAGUGUAAAUUACAUUUCACCUUUAAUAUUACCUCCUGUUUCUCAU